CAUUCAACAGCAGUUCUCAACAGUUGGCAACUCCGCCAUAGGCUUUCACCCAUGAAGGGAAAGGGCGGCAUGCCAAGGAUGUAUGGCCCGGUGGAGAACCGGGUCUAUGUGAGCAAUUUGCCCUGGAACAUUGCAUGGCAGGAGUUGAAGGAUCACAUGAAAACCGUCGGGGACGUGGUCUACGCUGAUCUUUUCACCGAGGCCGGACGCUCUCGUGGCUGUGCUUUGGUUUCCUUUAGAUCUCCAGAGGACGCACAACGAGCAGUGAUGGAGCUCCAUGACACAGACCUCGGAGGAAGGAAGAUCAUCGUUCGCGAGGAUCGCGUGGAUCAAUCCACUCCAUCAAAGGAGUGUCGGGUCUAUGUUGGCAACCUAUCUUGGCAAGCUACGUGGAGAGAUCUCAAAGACCAUUGUCGGGCUGUCGGGGAGGUGAGGAGAGCAGAUGUCGCCGGGGAUCUUGAUGGCAAUCCUAAAGGUUACGGCAUUGUGGAGUUCGCCAGCCCUGAGGAGGCACAGGCUGCCGUGGAACAGCUCACAGGCACUGAUCUCUUAGGACGAGAGAUUUUUGUGCGAGAAGAUCGCGAGCACUCUCGCGCGACACUCUCGUGGGACACUCUUGUGGGAAACUCUUGUGGGGUGCUUCGCGACACUCUUGCGUGGCGCUCUUGCAGGAGAGUCACUUGCGCCACCAAGGCUUCGAGAGGCGCAUCCAGCUACGGCGGCUAUGGUUAUAACGAGCAAGGACCCUACACAAAGGUCUUCGUUGGAAAUUUGCCGUACUCUGUGACAUGGCAGCAGUUGAAGGACGAGAUGCGACAAGUGGGUGAGGUGCAACACGUCGAGCUCUUCACCGAGAACGCCGAGCCACACGGCCGCUCCAAGGGCUGUGCAGUCGUGGAGUUUGCGACCUUUGGUGCAGCCAAACGGGCUGUACAGUACUUGCACGACACGAUGCUACAAGGCCGGUAUAUGUACGUGAGAGAGUACUACGAGGGUGCACGGAGAGAAGGUUGGGAUGCCGGAAGACAGUUCCCCAAGUUUCGAGUUAAGGCGACAGAGGCUCAAUAAUGCCGUCUGGCCAAGUGGAAAGAUGAGCAGCACUGGCAUAGCACUUGCAUAUUGUUGCUCGUUUCGUCCAAGAUGGGCUUCGCA